AUGGCUACCUGUCAAAAUACCCAAAACUUCCUGGACACUGACGAUUUUUAUUCUAUAUUUCUACAUAUUCUGACUAUAAUCGAGAUUCCCGUUCAUGGUUUUGGUGUAUAUAUAAUACUAGCCAAGACACCCACCAAAAUGAAAAGCGUCAAGGGAAACAUGCUACUUCUUCAUCUCGUAGGAGCUUGUGUAGAUGGUUAUAUAAGCUUUUUCACUUCUCCCGUACUAAAUUUGCCGGCAUGUUCUGGAUAUCCAUUAGGGGUUCUAACGAAACUUGGGGUUCCUACAGCGAUUCAGUUGUACUUUGGAAUUUCUUCAGUCGGCGUGAUAGUCGUUACGAUUCUAAUAUUCUUCGAAGAUCGUCACCAUCGACUUAUUAAUGGGCACGGCGGGAGGGGAUGGCGGAGGGCUUUAUAUAUAGCGGUGCAUUACACAAUCUCACUUACAUUUCCUAUACCGACAUAUCUGAACAUCCCAGAUCAGGAACUAGGGCUUGAGCUGACAAUAACGGAAGUCCCAUGCCUCCCACUUGAUGUCUUCAACCGUCCUGGAUACAUAAUCUUAUCAAUUGAUAACUCUAUUCCCUGCUUAUCCAUGAUUUUCAUGCUAUCACUGUUCAUUCCUCAAAUAAUCGUAUUUGUAAUUUCAAUAUCCUGGCACUUAUUCCGCACAACUUCCCAAUCAGCAGCUACCAGCCGGCUGCAAAAGCAAUUUUUCUUCGCAAUGUGCCUGCAAGUGUUCAUUCCAAUAUUUGUGCUAGCAUUUCCAGUGAUCUAUAUUAUUAUGUCCAUUGUGUUGGGUUAUUUUAAUCAAGCUGCAUCCAACCUUGCAAUUUGCACAAUAGCAUUUCAUGGUGUGCUCUCUACCGUCACCAUGCUUAUUGUACAUACACCUUAUCGGCAGGCGACACUUGAAAUAUUCCACUUGAGCUCUAAACGAGGAGCCAAUUCUCAACUGAUUUGGAAAACUGUGAACAGGUCUCAGCAGGAUAAUUGAAUAUUUUUAUUUCUAGAAUAUAUGUAUAGUAGUUUUGAACCGUGUAUUUUUGAACCCUGGUAUUUUGAUGUUUUUUUUAUUUAUUUUUCGUACUGGGAUUUAAAUAUAACGUGAUUUUUGUAUUCUCAAAUUAGUUGGUAAUAAUAUCGUAAGGUUAAGGAUGAUAAUUACAAAGAUACAUUGCCGCUGAGCAGUAUAAACAUGUAUAUCUAUAGUGUGAUCUAUAUUUGUAACUUGGUACAUAUGUAGGUGGCCUACUGUUUUUACGACACAGAGAAAAACCGAAAGACUUUAGGUUGCUAUGUACCAAGUUACAGAUAUAGAUUACACUAUAGAUAGGCAUCUUUUUUACCGCACAACAGUAAACAUUCAUAAAACAUUUGAACUUUUAUAGCAAUCAAUUGACAAAUAAAUAUAU